UUAUUAAGAACCGGCGCUCGGUUGGGAGCUUUCCGGUGUACGGCACUGCAUCCGUGUCCGUGCACCUUUGUGCGUUCGCCCAUGGAGCUAUCGCUGCUGAGCGGGGGAGCAUGGGCAGCUCAGCUUUUGCAUUCAUUCCGGCCAUUGCAAUCACGCAACUGCCUUUAACGCCGCUACAGCUGCACGCACGGCACCGCACUGGCCUCAUUUCGGGCAAUACACACAGGACCAAGAUCAUAGUGCCGUCCCUGCCGGCAGAGAGCAAGAUGGUCUCACACUCACUCUCAGCAUGGCUCAUGUCCUCGGCGCCGCCGCCGGCGUGGUUCGCCGCCCUGGUCGCCGUGGGCAUGUACACGGCGCUGCGGUCCGCCGCCACCUUCCUGGCGUGGCUCCACCGCGCGUUCCUGCGGCCAGGCCGGGACCUGGCGGGGCGGUACGGGACGUGGGCGGUGGUGACCGGGGCCACGGACGGCAUCGGGCGCGCGGUGGCGCUGGAGCUGGCGCGCGCGGGGCUCCACCUCGUGCUGGUGGGGCGGAGCCCCGACAAGCUGGCGCGGGUGGCGAAGGAGCUCGCGGCCGCCGCGCCGGCGUGCAAGGUGCGGAGCGUGGCGUUCGACCUCGCCGUGACCGGGGACGCCGCGCGGCGCGGGGUGGCGCGGGUGGCGGCCGCCGUGGAGGGCCGCGACGUGGGCGUGCUCGUCAACAACGCCGGCGCGACGUACCCGUGCGCCGCCUACUUCCACGAGGUGGAGGGCCCCGUGUGGGAGGCCGUGCUGCGGGUCAACGUCGAGGCCGCCACGCGGAUCACGCGCGCCCUGCUGCCGGCGAUGGCGGCCAGGGGCAGGGGCGCCGUCGUCAACGUGGGCUCCGGCUCCAGCGUCGUCGUCCCGGCCUUCCCGCUCUACGCCGUCUACGCGGCCAGCAAAGCGUACGUCGACCAGUUUUCUCGAAGCCUGAGUGUGGAAUACAAACAAUACGGCGUAGACGUGCAGUGCCAGAUACCCCUGUACGUCGCUACCAAGAUGUCGCCCGUGAAGGGCGCGUCUCCGUUCAUACCGUCGCCCGAGGAGUACGCCAGGGCCGCCCUUCGCUGCGUUGGCUACGAGGCGAGGUGCGUCCCGUACUGGCGCCACUCGGUCCAGUGGUUCUUGGCGUCCCUAGCGCCGGACGCUGCUCUCAACCACUGGCGCCUCCAAACUGGCCUCCAGAAGAGGAACGAGACGAAGGCUCUGCUCGGGGGAAAAGACUGCAGUUAGAUUAAUAAUAGUAGUAAUAAUUGUUGUAUAGAUUGGAUUAUUAUAGCCUUCCAGACAGUACUCGCGAUCGUGCACUUAUUUAUCUGUCAGCUCUAUUCCGUACAUACGCGAACCCAUGGUACGCGCGUAUGUAUGUAUCCAUGUAGUGGUUCUUUUUCCUCUGUUGUCCCGCCCCCUUCAUGGCGACUUUAACGCUGGAAACAUAAAUAAGCUCAGGGAUCUGGUUGCCCUGGAUCUA